AUGCACCGCGCCGUGCUGUCCGUGCGCGGCGGCGACGCGGCGAAGCUCAUCCACAGCCUGACGACGAACAACGUCACGGCGUGGAUGGAGUCGGCGACCCCCGGCCUCGCCGCGGCCUUCCUCAACACCAAGGGCCGCGUGCUCGCCGACGCCGUGCUCUGGCGCGACGGCGCCGAGGACAUCCUCGUCGACUGCCCGGCGUCGGCGGCGAAGGCGCUCCUGCGGCACCUCAAGAUGUACAAGCUGCGGUCCGACGUGAAGCUCAAGGCGCGCGACGACCUCGCGGUCGCGACGUUCGCGUCGCCCGACGCGGCGGCGGCGGCCGUCGCCGCGGGCGACGUCGUCGCCGGCGGCGCGGACCCGCGGACGGCGCUCCUCGGCGGGCGCUGCGUCGCGGCCGCGGGCGCGGCGCCGGGCGAGCCCGCGGGCGCUUACGCGGCGCGGCGCCUCGCGCUGGGCGUCGCCGAGGGCGCCGAAGUCGUCGGCAGGAUCCCCCUGAACUGCAACCUCGACGCGCUCCGGUACGUCGCCUUCGACAAGGGCUGCUACCUCGGCCAGGAGCUCACGGCGCGCGCCAAGUUCCGCGGCGAGGUCCGGCGGCGGCUCAUGCCGGUCGCGCUCCAGGACGCCGCGUCCGCCGUGCUCCACAACGCCGCGCGCGCGCUGCCGCCCGCGGAGCCCGUGCCCGACGCGCCCAUCGUGGGCGCGCUCCCCGCGGCGGGCGCGAAGCUCCUCGCGGCGGGCAAGGCCGUCGGCGAGGUCGUCGCCGUCGACGGCGCGUCGACGGUGGCCGUCGCCAUGCUCAAGCUCGAUUUUGCCCUCUCGGGGGACAUCCUCGACGUCGACGUCGAGGGCACGGAGCUCAAGGCGAGCCCCUUCGUGCCCGCGUGGUGGCCCGACGAGCUCCUCCCCGAAGGGGACUAA